AUGGAAUUCACCAACUUACCUGACGAGGUCAUUGUCCAUGUGCUCAAGAACUCUAGUCCAUCCACAGUAGCCAAAUUUCGUCGUAUGAAUCGAAGGAUGAAUGAUCUUAUCAAUCAUCAUCGUCUUGGUCGACCAGUAGUCGAUGAAUUCAGUGUUACUAUACGAACGGCACCCAGUCGGUCAGCUCCUAUGGGUCGUAUACAACUAAAGAAGAACUCUAACCAAAUGAAAAGAAAAGUGAUGUUCACUAUGAAAAGAAAGAACAAGCACCAUCAUUUGGUUGAAGAAGAGAAUGUGGAAGGUCCAAGUAACCCAUCCGAAUCCCAAAUCAUCGAAAAAACUUUGAAAACCGUAAAGCUCGCGAACCGCGUUUCAUUUGAUGGAAUUAAUGUAGACAGCAGCUUUCAUAAAAUGGUAACAUCACGUUGGAACGAUCUCAGUUCUGUCAACAAUCUCACUUUCACUCUAUGUCGAAUGAAUUUAACGGAAGAGGAAUUAACAAGCAUUCUCCUGAAGACCGGACUCAAUUCAUUGACAUUAGAUUUCUGUCAUUUCCAUACAGACGUGAUCAACGACAAGAUUCUGAGGUUGCUACCUGAACUGGAAUGCUUAAGAAUUCAGCCAAGAUCACCCCUCUACUUAGCUGAAUUAACAGACAAUACCUUGAGAGCAUGGAGUCAGAAACCACCAAGAACUAUCGCGCUCUAUAACUGCAUUACCUCUUUCACAAUCCAAGGAAUUGUUGAUUUCGUUAAGGUAGUGCCUAACACAGAAGCCGAAUGGGAUUUUGGUAGAGUACUUCCCUCUACUAAUUCAGCGGAGGCUUUACUUUCCUUGACUAUGACCCCUGGAGUUACAGUCAAUGUUUCUGAUGAUUACCGAUCCAGACGUAUACAAGUAGAUAGAUUGAAAUCCAAAAUUGCUUUCAAUUUACUAACAGAAGAGAUUUUCACUUAA